UAUAAUACGACGCAGAAGAGAUAUAAAUUCCAUUUCGAUUUAUUGUUUCAGCAAAGACGUUCGGAACCAUUUUUCUAGUAACAUUCAACUCGUUAACAUUGAACAGUUAAAAUGUGGCGCUGGCUCGUAUUGAUGGUUCUAUUAGGGACACCCCUUGCUGCAGAGCCUUCCUGUCCCGUGUGUUCCAAGUAUGACUACGAAGUAAGCCUUCUCGAACGAGUGCUAAGCAAUGAACUGGCACUGAAAAACACCCUGGACAAAAUAAGUGAAACACACGCGAAAGUUGAGGACACUUUAAAAGCGAUACAAGGGGAGAAUGUGAAGCUAAACCACGCAAUGACUGCACUGGAAAUUAAGAAGAAGGAGAUGGACGAAAGGCUUAACAAUUCCAUCAACUCCGGGAUCACAAAUGUAUCUGAAACUAUUUCCGAAAUGAAAACAAAUGUGCAGGUUCUCGUAGCAAAGACAGAGAAGGAACUCGAGGCAAUGAAAGAACAAAUUGUCGUGCCUCUGGUGAUUUUCCACGCUCGACUUAAUGUUGAUGGUAAACACACAUUCACUGGCAACCAGGCUGUUGUGUUCAAGACCGUUCUGGUCAACGAAGGUCGAGGAUAUGACCCUGCCACUGGACACUUUACGGCGUCUGUAGCUGGAGUGUACAUGUUUACAGUACAGUACUGUACUUAUACAGCCUCGUACGCUUACCUUGAGAUUACACAUGAAAGGAAACCGUUGCAGAGAUCAUAUCACUAUGACAAAGAUAGUGCAGCCUGUGUCAGCAUGCAGGCCUUCGCUCAAGUUGCGAUGGGGGAAAAGGUCUGGGUGCGGUCUUUAUCUUCGGGUGACCUUUACCAUCACGGGGACAAUAUGUGGAGCAGCUUUGCUGGGUUCCUGGUGCAUUUAUAAUUAUCAAAUGCGAUAUGUUGCCCGAUAAACAUUUAAAUCAUAUGAUUUAAUAUAGAAUCAUUAGACUCAACAUAUUUAUCAUAGAAGCAGUUUACAAACGUAUUAAUUAUUUGGAAUAAUAACGUUCAAACUUUCGUCAAACUUUCUUGAACAAUUUAUAUCUUAGGCAAUUCUAAUAUAAUUUAAUAUUUAAUAUUUAGUUACAAAAUCAAAUACACAUGUAAACUGUAAGUGACGUAAGGAUUAUGCAUGACACUUUAUUUCUGCAGACGUAAACUGUCUAAAAUAGUCCGGUGACUGAUUUUCAAAAUAAAAUUUCACAAAAUACUGGCAUUUUCGAAAUGAACAUAAAACAUAACAAUAAACUUAUUUUACCCAUAAACAGCAACAAUAGGUUCAUGCAAAAAAUGUUUGCAGAUGUCAAAACGGCUGGUUGAUGUUAAACAAAUAUUUUAAAUGCCGAGACGAAUCGAAGUCUGAUUUUUUAAAUAAAAUAUAUAUAACAGGCAUUAUGAAAAGUGGACGACCUUAAAGUGAUUUGAGUUUCCAUCGGUAUGUGACUUCUGUUUCGCUUGCAAUACUAUCAAAGCCUUGCUUUUCUGUAGUAAUAUAUGUUUAUGUAAAUAUGUUUUAUUUUAAUUUUAUCAAAUCGAUUACCAAAUUUACUUUUUUAAAGAGCAUCUUGACCAAGACAGAAAAUGGAAAUAUCAGUUUUACAUGUUUUUGCAACGCAUUUAUUAUUGUACGAAAGAAGGCUUGUUAUACAUUUUUCAUUCUCUUAAGUGCUAAACAUUGUGUACUUAAUCAUAUACUUAUAUAAAGAUGCAAUUAUUUCCCCGUAUAAUAAUGCAUUAAAAUGGAACACAUAUGGAUGGAUUGAAUAUUUAUAAUUAAUUGUCUUGGUGUUGGUGCAUAACUAUUCAAAUUGGACCUGUGCAGACAAUCUGGAAAUCUUAUAUGGUAUUUUAAUUGCUUACUAUAUGGAAAAUGCUCAACCAUUUGAUGUUUGUAUUCAUCUUCUAGCCAAGUGAAGCUCGAUUGGUCAUUGUCGGCUCGGGUACUACUUACCUGUACCCACGGUACUCUAAAGUAUACUUACAUGUACCCCAGGUACGGUAAAUAUACUUGAACGUACCCGGUCGAUAUUAGACUGUACCCGAGUUGUAUUCCCGCUUAAAAUCCGACGUUAUAAAACGCGCUACCUACUACCGUAAAACGAUAUUGUUUAUCUUUUUUACAAACUUCUCUUUAAACAAAAUCCUGCAUCAACAUGCUUUUUGAGUAUGAGUUUCGAUAAUAUAGAGGCCAUUUAACAGAAAAUUGACAUAAGUGUGAACAUAAUUAAAACAAAUAGCCGACAACGACCGAUUUAGCGUUAAAAUUCCCGGGUACGUUAUAGUAUAUUUAACCGGGUACAUGUAAGUAUACUUAAUAGUACCCGCGGUACAUGUAAGUAUUACCCGAGCCGACAAUGACAAAUCGGGCCCAAUUGAAUGUAUAAUGUUUAAACUUGUCUUCUAGUGAAUGGUGAUAUUGUCAGUACAUUGGUUGCAUCGCUUUUACACAUGUUACUGUACAAUGUACAUUGAUGGUGAUAUGGCAUUUAUAAGAGAAUAUCUUACAAUUUUUGCUAAUUAAUGUAAUGAUUAUAUGAGACGCGCCCUUGGGAAACCAGGCUUUAUGCAUGUUGGUAAAUAAUUGUCAUCCCAGAUUAGUCUGCACAGGCUUAUCAGGGACUACUUUAUGAGACGCGCUCUUGGGAAACCAGGCUUUAUGCAUGUUGGUAAAUAAUUGUCAUCCCAGAUUAGUCUGCACAGGAUUAUCAGGGACUACUUUUUUGGCUUUACAGAAUUUUUAUUUUAAGGAAUUCUCUUGUAACAAAAAUCCAGUAAAGGAAAAAAGUGUCGUCCCUGAUUAUUCUAUGCUGACUGCACUUGCUCAUCUGGGAGGACACUUCGAGCACAUGCUUUAAGCCCCGUUUUCAUAGAACGUGGCUCAUAUUAAUGUCAUCAAGACUUCUUUUACACAUAGAGUUAAGUUGUUUGCUUAUAGUAUAAAUGAUAUAGAUUUACAUUUCAUUAUCUGUUUAAACAUAGCAGUAGUUAUUUCAGUGUACAUUUUGUGUAACUUUUACAUUGCUAUGAAAUACUUAAAGAAAAACUGAAUGAGUUGCAUCUGUAAUAAGCUGUAGUAGUAUGUAUAGAGUUGAUAAGGGAUUGUCUGUUUGUGUAUGUGUAUUUUUAGAAUAUGUAAUUUCAUUUGAAAUAAAAGUCAUGUUACAAAAACAAAAGUGUGUGUACUUUUUUGUUAAACAUCUUCAUGUAAAACAUAUUUUCAGGGCAAUUGUAAGUUACUAACAAACUUACACACACCUUGUACUGG